GGUCUACAACAAAGAGACGACGCAGGCAGGGCAGGACAGGCUGCUUCUCCCCUCUCUCUCUCUCGAUCUCUACCUUUCGCCCCCUUCAGUUUCAUCUCCGCCAUGGUCUACAUCGAAUCCUGGGACGAGUUCGUUGAUCGAUCGUUGCAGCUCUUCCGCGCUGAUCCCCAAUCGUCGAGGUAUGUCAUGAAGUACAGGCACUGCGAUGGGAAGCUGGUCCUCAAGGUCACUGACAAUCGCGAGUGCCUGAAGUUUAAAACUGACCAGGCCCAGGAUGCCAAAAAAAUGGAGAAGCUCAAUAACAUAUUCUUCACUCUGAUGGUUCGUGGCCCAGAUGCUGACAUAUCAGAAGCAUCCAGCAAGGAACAGAUGGAACAGCAGGCAUCAAAGAAGGGAAGGGGAAGGAGACAAUAAGCACUUGAUGCUUCUCGUUCAGUUGUUGCAAAAAAAAAAAAACGUUUGAUUGAUAUUUUUGCUCUGACAUCAAUUGUUGCUUGAAGGACGAAUUAGCAAAACAUAAAGACAGACUCAAAAUGCUGUAUUUUGUUCGGGAGUACCACCAAUCGUUGGUUUUCUAGUAAUGCUCAUUACGAGAACUAGUUCAUUUUAAA